UACGAACUGGUCGGUGUUAAAAUAGCGUUUAUAUUUGGGAUCUCGCCUGUUGCUUGCGUAGUAGGUCUGCUGGCUGGUGCGUGGGUUGUUACACUUUGCAGGAAAUUUAAACAGUGAAAUGUGUGAUAUUUGCAGUAGCCGCUAAAUGUGAGAACGUGCAAAGCGGCUAGACGUUCGUGCUUGCGUAUGUACAGCCGUAUCCCCGCAGGAUUGGCGCCUCGUGUUGUCAGUGCUUCGUUGCAGUGGAAUGUGUAGCGAACAAACUACAUGGGUUAGUGACUGUUGUGACUUCGUACGAGGUGUAUCAAGCUCUUCAUUUUCCAGGCUGUGAGUGAGACUAGCAAUAUCCACUCCCACCAGCCGGUUCCUGCCAGUAUUGAUUCUGCCUCUACUUUUAGCGGGCGCCGUCACAUUGCUAGGCUAUUUGCCGGUGCUGAAUGUGGGAUAUGAAGACAGCGUUGUGGCAUAUAACGUCAUUUCUGACAUGCUAGUGUAUUCAUGCAUGGACUUUAUUAUCACGAGCUUGACUCCCCGACCCCCACACCACACACGUUUUUUUUCUAGCUUUCUAUAAACCAAUACGUAUUCGGAAAGUGUUUUCAGAGGUUACUGUGGUUUAAGGAAAACCAGAAUAUGAUGGUGUGCAGAGUAAAAUGUAUCUUAUGAUUUGCUUGAUGAAGUUCUUCAUUCCCUAUAGUGACUGUAUAGUUAUUUGAAGGUUCCCUUCUUCUGGUAUGUAUCCUAGUACAUGUAGGCCUAAUCCAGAAUCCAUGUCAGUUUUGUGUUUUCAAAUCAAAAGUAGUCUUAAUUGGAGAGAUUUGGUUAUAUUGUUUCCAUCUGAAGUGGUCGCAAAUACUUGUAAAAUAAAAUGAUGACAGGUGGUCAUGAGGGCCGUAAGUUUUUUUUUCCACAGAUUAUAGGCAGCACGUUUAUCACAUGUGUAUGUGGAGCCUAUAAGUUUGUUGCUUUCAUCCAUAACUCUAUGCUGUAUUUUUGUAUUGAGUUCAGUAUUAGACAUUAAAUAAUUUAGGAAGAACAUUAAUAAUUUUCCAAAAAUUAAAUAAACCCAUUUGUAUUGAAAACGUCAGAAAUCAUUCGGAAUUUGUUUUGAAUGUUAUUCGUAGUAAACUCUGGGUCUGUCUUUUCUGUUUACUUGCCAACUUGAAGGUCGUGUGCGCAUACAAAGAAAAUAAGUAUGGCUAGUGCAGACUGCUGACACACAAUGGAUUCUAUUAGAAAGCCUUGGUAGAGGUCAAGUGUAUUAAGAGCACGCAUGUUACGUCACAGCAUAGACAACUUGCAUGUAAAAUUACAUCUGACACACUUGAUCCUCGUGUUUCUUGUCAUGAUUUUGUACCUGUGUCCUUUAAAUUUGGAUUUCGAAUUCUCCGAUUUCAUUUGCAGUAAGCGUAAAUAUGGAAUAUUUAUUGCACAAGUUGUGUUCUUUGGCCUCAUUACUGUACUGUAUAGUGUUUGUUAGAUAUAGUAAAAACUUGCUGUUGAGUGCGAGAUACUGCAAGUAAUAGCUGUUAACAUUCAGUAUAUAAUAAUGCAUCUUUGGGAACAUCUUAGUUGUGUGUUAAUGGACGGGCGCAGACGUAUUCUUUAGAAGAAAACGUGGCAAGAACCUGUAUAAGGUUCAGCGGUUGAUGAAAGGUAUUUCCUUCUCAUCUGCAGUGUAAGAUCUGCCCAUAUUUAGAGAGACUGCUCUACCAUAACAACAGCAUCUUAAUUUUUCACAUUGUGCUGCAGAACGGUACAAUCAGAGACGUGUAAUAAUUAACGUCAAGACACUGCUGAGCCGUAACGCUGGUUUGCAGGCGUAUUCAUCUGACCAUGAAUGUCCAACGUCGCCAGGUAAUUCAAUCAAAAUUUAUGCUGAUGCUACUUAUGAGAAGACUGGCGAGAUUUGGGGAAGUGACACAUAGUAAGAAGAACGAACCCUACGAACAAUGCGAAUGGAGUGUAUCGUAGUGAGCGAAACAGCCUGCCCGAUCUUAAGUGGUGUUAGUCAUAUUAACUGCAAUUGCAUAAUCAUCUCAGUGAGUGUGACCUCUUCUUAGCAGUCAUGAAGAAUGUAGACGAUGAUGACGACUUGGAGAGAUUUAGAGAGACGAUGUAGCGCACUCCGCGGAGGGGAUUGUGGCCGUGUCUCUCCGUCUCUGCACAUGUUGCAGCCAUUCCCAGCCCUUACUUCCCGUGAACAGUUUUUGAAGGGUUGUAUUGAACGAUAUUCAGAGACAAAAAGACGGGAGUUUAGGUGUUUCGUAAUUCAGUUCAAGAUAACAACGAAAGUCGCACUUUCGGCUGUGCCGAUAAUUAAGAGGAGAUGAAUUCGGAGUCCGAAACCUUUUUUGUAACAGAUGCCACAGUGUUUAUCCAAUUCAUGUUUUCCUUCCUGUUUGACCGAUCUAUAGUGCAGAUUGCAUCGAUGUUCGCUCUCCCAAGGAACGGGUGAUACUGCCGUUAGCAAUGAAGAAACUGGAAGAUUCUUUGGAGCUGGAAGUGUUCGAAAUCAAAGAUAGUAACGGUGGAAUCGAAAUGCCGGAAUCUGCUGACCUGGGAGAAGACGAUGAUGAUGACGAAAUAGGUGGGGCAUGUGCUCCUGGCCGUAAAAGACGUAAGAAGAACCGUCGGAAAUGCAAGAGGAGCCCUUCUAUGACACUUGCAGCGACACUAGCGGAACCGGAAUGUGAUGACAUAGACGGAGAUCCUCGGCAAGAUUCGGAGGGACCUGUAGAUGGCCGUGGUUCGAGAGGGACAUCAGAGGGCACUCCUGGAAGUCGCAGGCCUACAAGUCUUCGCGAAUCUCUGCUUUCUGUUCUGGGAAAGCUGGUCGUUUGGCGUCGGGGAGCUGGGAGGUAUAGAAACAACGGCAGUGGAGGCGGUGCUCAGAAUGGAGACUAUCUUCUAGGCUUCAUUUCUGCUGACACGGAGCGCCGAAUCCGGGCCAACGACCGUGCUUACAACUCGCAGUUUAAUUAUGCGAGCAACUACAUCAAGACGUCCAAAUACAGUGUGCUGACGUUCCUGCCACUGAACCUGUUUGAGCAGUUCCAACGCCUUGCCAACUUCUACUUCCUGUGCUUGUUGGUGCUGCAGGUGAUCCCAGCCAUCAGUUCUCUAACCCCAAUCACCACUGCUGUGCCUCUCAUUGGUGUGCUGGCACUCACUGCAGUAAAAGAUGCCUACGAUGAUUUUCAGCGUCAUAUGAGUGACUCGCAAGUGAACAAUCGACGGUCUAAAGCAUUGCGAGAUGGAAGACUGGUGGAAGAGAAGUGGGCAGAGGUGCAAGUUGGUGAUGUCAUUCGGAUGGAGAAUGAUCAGUUUGUGGCAGCUGAUGUAUUGUUGCUCUCCACUAGUGAACCCAAUGGACUCUGUUUCAUCGAGACAGCAGAAUUGGAUGGGGAGACAAACUUGAAAUGCCGCCAGUGCCUCGUGGAGACAGCAGAAAUGAGUCAGGAUGACUCGUUAAUAGGGGCCUUCAAUGGGGAGAUUGUUUGUGAAACACCAAAUAAUCUUCUAAAUAAGUUCGAAGGGACAUUAGAUUGGAAAGGAAAGAGGUUCCCGUUGGAUAAUGACAGAGUGGUGUUACGUGGCUGCAUCCUGCGGAACACGCAUUGGUGCUAUGGUGUUGUCAUCUUUGCUGGAAAGGAUACCAAACUCAUGCAGAAUUCGGGCAAGACCAAGUUUAAGCGCACAAGCAUCGAUAGGUUAUUGAAUUUCAUAAUUAUAGGGAUUGUGUUCUUCCUGCUGUCCAUGUGCCUGUUCUGUAUGAUAGCCUGUGGGAUUUGGGAGACCAUCACAGGUGUUAACUUUCAGGAGUACCUGCCCUGGGACUCACUUGUCCCCACAGAGCCACUCAGUGGUGCUACUGUUAUUGCUUUCCUCGUCUUCUUCUCUUAUGCCAUAGUGCUCAACACCGUGGUGCCUAUAUCUCUCUAUGUCAGUGUGGAAGUUAUCAGAUUUGCACAGAGUUUUCUUAUUAACUGGGAUGAGAAGAUGAACUAUGAAAAGACCAACACCUCAGCGAAGGCACGAACCACCACCCUCAAUGAGGAGCUGGGCCAGAUUGAGUAUAUCUUCUCUGACAAGACUGGAACUUUAACACAGAACAUAAUGACAUUUAAUAAGUGUUCCAUCUCAUGUAAAUGUUAUGGUGAUCUCAUAGAUGAAGCAACAAAUGAAGUGAUGGAGAUUACCGAGAAUACACCAGCAUUGGACUUCUCCUGGAAUGAGAACUACGAACCUGAGUUUCGAUUCUAUGAUUCCUCUCUAUUGGAUGCAGUUCGGGGGAACAAUCGUGAUGUGCACAGCUUCUUUCGUGUGUUGGCACUAUGCCACACAGUCAUGCCUGAGGAGAGAAAUGGUAAACUGGAAUACCAAGCACAAUCACCAGAUGAAGCAGCACUAGUAUCAGCUGCACGAAACUUUGGUUUUGUAUUUAAGGAACGUAGUCCCAACAGUAUCACAAUUGAGGUGAUGGGAAAGAGAGAAGUGUAUGAGUUAUUAUGUAUUUUGGAUUUCAACAACGUACGGAAACGAAUGUCAGUUAUUCUAAGAAGGAAUGGAAAGUUACGACUGUACUGUAAAGGUGCUGAUAAUGUCAUCUAUGAACGUCUUAAGGCUGAUAGUAGCGAAGUCAAAGCCAAAACUCAGGAACACUUGAACAAAUUUGCAGGCGAAGGCUUGCGUACAUUGUGCCUGGCAGUGCGUGACUUGGAUGAAGUGUUUUUUAGUGACUGGAAACAUAGGCAUCAAGAAGCUGCACUUGCUAUGGACAGUCGUGAUGAUAAGUUGGAUGCUAUCUAUGAGGAGAUUGAGCGAGACAUGACAUUAAUUGGUGUAACUGCUAUUGAAGACAAAUUGCAGGAUGGAGUGCCUCAAACAAUAGCAAACCUUGCUCUGGCUGGAAUUAAAAUCUGGGUAUUAACAGGUGACAAGCAAGAAACAGCUAUUAACAUUGGCUAUUCCUGUCAACUUCUAACGGAUGAGAUGGCAGAUAUCUUCAUAGUUGAUGGACACACGUAUGAUGACGUGGAAGCACAACUAGGAAAGUUUCGGGAAGCAGUGCGUAGUGCUGGUUUGGGGCAUGGUGGUGCCCCAACAGCAGCUGCUGCAUCGGCACCCACGUCUGUCAGCAUUGUCACUUUCAGUGAGUCUGAAUACCAACGGGGCCUCAGUGUAGAAGAAUCAGACACCACUGGAGGAUUUGCCAUUGUUAUUAAUGGACACUCUCUUGUCCACGCAUUACAUCCACAGAUGGAGAAACUGUUCCUUGAGGUGUCUAGCCAAUGCAAGUCUGUUAUCUGCUGUCGAGUAACACCACUACAGAAGGCAAUGGUAGUAGAACUGAUUAAGAAGAACAAGAAGGCAGUGACAUUAGCUAUUGGAGAUGGAGCUAAUGAUGUUUCCAUGAUCAAAGCAGCACACAUAGGAGUUGGUAUCAGUGGGCAGGAAGGCAUGCAGGCUGUCCUGGCAUCAGACUACUCCAUUGCCCAGUUUAGGUUCCUGGAGCGCCUGCUGCUGGUACAUGGGCGUUGGUCAUAUUACCGCAUGUGCAAGUUCCUGCGUUACUUUUUCUACAAGAACUUUGCCUUCACACUGUGCCACUUCUGGUUUGCUUUCUUCUGUGGUUUCAGUGCUCAGACAGUAUUCGAUCCAAUGUUCAUAUCUGUGUACAACCUGUUCUACACAUCAUUGCCGGUCCUAGCACUGGGUAUCUUUGACCAGGAUGUGAGUGACCGGUAUAGUUUAUGUUAUCCAAAGCUCUACACACCUGGUCAUUGUAACCUGUUGUUCAACAAGCGAGAGUUCCUGCGCAGUGCACUUCAUGGGUUCUUCACAUCCUGUGUGCUCUUCCUCAUACCAUAUGGUACAUACAAAGAUGGACUGUCUCCUGCAGGUCAUGUUCUCUCAGAUCACAUGCUGCUGGGCAGUGUGUUUGCUACAAUACUGGUUAUUGUUGUCACAGCACAGAUUGCCUUGGAUACUUCAUACUGGACAGUAUUUAAUCACAUCAUGAUUUGGGGUUCAUUAAUCUGGUACUUUGUGCUCCAGUACUUCUACAAUUAUAUCAUAGGUGGCCGCUAUGUUGGCUCUCUCAGCAAGGCAAUGUCUGAGGCAACAUUCUGGUUCACAACUGUUGUAACAGUGAUAAUUUUAAUGAUACCAGUUUUGGCAUGGAGGUUUUAUUUUAUAGAUGUACGUCCCACACUUUCCGACAGAGUGCGCCUCAAACAGAGGCUAGCUCUACUCAGGUCUCGACAGUCUCAGGAUGUUCUGCGCACACCAUCUGCAAGACGAACAAGACGCUCAAUACGCUCUGGCUAUGCCUUUGCACACCAGGAAGGUUUUGGACGUCUCAUCACGUCUGGCAAAAUUAUGCGCAAGCUGCCACGUCCCAAUGGUGGUGACUUCUUUUUCCCUUCUUUCAACAGUCAUGGAAGUGGACCUUCAAAUAGUGGGCACACCACAACAACCACACUGGAUAUUGGCACGAACUGAGUCAUGCUUUUUAGCCAUGUUGAAGUCAUGGUUGAUCCAGCUGAAGCGAAAGAUGGGGAUGACAUUAGUGUGACUGUGAAUGAACUGUGUGAUCUCCCACAGCCAUGUUCAUAUUAUGCCACACAUGAAUGGAGAAAAAUGUUUCUCUGGUAGGAUCAGAUAUAUUUUAUUCCAGACUGUGGCAAAAUGAGUCAUGGUUAAUAAGACUUGUGUAAAGGUAUUGAUAGGUUGGAAGUAUUUUAAAUAUGUUCUUAUCUGUAAAAUACUUAAAAAGGCAUGUAUAUCAUAACUGAUUAAUAAUAAAACACAAAUAUUAUUGGUACAGUGUGAAAUUCAGUUUAACUGAAGCUGUUUCAGUUGUGUACAAAAAAUAUUGUUAAUAAGGAAAUAGCACAAAUUUUAUGUCUUUAAUUAUUAUAAAGGAUUGUAAUAGAUGCUCUUGUUUAGAGUAUAUAAUGAACUCCAUACUGUCAUGUGAAAGUUCAUGCAUGGUGCACUAUCAUAUGAUUCUGAUGGUUCAGAAAGAUUGAAUAUCAGAUGUAAAAUAACAUUUGAUAAAGAUGUGCAAGUUAUUAAGCUGUUGUGCUUGCAUUAAUACUUCAAUACCAGCGCCCAAUCCGUACUUGACUAGGGCCUUUCCUUAAUUUUGUUACAACACCUAAAGCUUGAAACAGUGUGCAGGGGCUAAUACGUUUUUAAGAUAUUAAAGCAAUUUACAGUUGGUAUCAUUAUUGACCUAUUUUUAUAAAACACUGUUUUCAAUAUGAACUAUGCAAAAACGUGUGCAGACAUUUCUACUUAAAGAAGACUACUGUGGAGAUCUGGAAUGGACCAUUCGGCAGAGAAGCUCAUGUUAAUGUGAAAAUUAAAAUAAGAUAUCUUGAAACUGCAUUAAUAUUGUGUCUGUGUGCAUUUCCAAUGUGAUAUAGUCAUAUUCGUAUGUUCUAAGUGUUGCAUUUAUUUUCAUAAAGUGAUCAAGAUGUUGGGGAAGAUUGAAUCACUCUGUGUAAUAUAUUCAACUAAUAAUCCUCGCUUCUGAAAACAGGUUAUGCAUGUCAGAAACAUAUUAAUGUAACAAACGUUGUUCCUAUGUCAACACAGAACAAGAUAAUAUUUGAAGCUAUGUCAUAUAGAGGAACCACCUUGGACCAACGAAUGUCUGUCAGGUCGUCUAUGCCGUAAGAAUAUUCCAGCGUGGUAUAAACACUGUGACAUCAUUCAGCCUUGUUUAAGUGUCUGUCUGUUGGUAAUGACCAGAACAGUGAUGGAUAUUUAAAUACAGAGUGUUGCUGUCCAUCAACAAUGAAUAUGAUUUGCAGCAUUUACCAUGUGGACUGAGGCGUAAUGUUCGUGUGUGCAUGUUGGUGAAUGUAUUUAAUCACAUGGACAAUCUGCAAGGGUAACAAUGUCAUGUCUUUCUAAUUUUGGAUUAUAGGACUUGGUAAUCAAAUCAGAUAUUUUUGUAGGUUAAAAAUGUGGUUUAAUGUUACCGGUAUUCAUGAACCAAUGAAUAUCUGUCAGAUCAUCUAUGCCAUAAGAGUAUUCCAGUGUGGUAUAAACACUGUGACAUUGUUCAGCCUUGUUUAAGUGUCUGUCUGUUGGUAAUGACCAGGACCGUGCAAUAUGCAGGAAAGUGAUGAAUAUUUAAAUAUGAAGUGUUCGUAUCCAUCAGCGUUGAAUAUAUGUGUGGCAUUUACCAAAGUGGAUUUAUGCAUAGUGGUGAACAUGGUUAAUCACACAGACAAUCUGCAAGGAAAACAGUGUCAUGUCUUUCUAAUCCUGAAUUAGUAGGACCUGGUAAUCAAAUCAGAUAUUUUUGUAGGAUAAAAAUGUGGGUUAAUGUUACCGGUAUUAUUCAUAUAAAUUAAUUUUCCAUAUUUUUGAAGAACAAAAUGGAAUUAAAUGACAAGUGAUAAUUCCAUAUAAGUUAAAGAAUUCUGUAAUUGUAAACCACUGGUAAAAGAAUGUGUACACAUGACACUAAUAAUGCGCAAGUAUAAUAUAUUAAUCACAGAGUCAUAAUGGGGAUUUCUCCAACAAACCUAUACACUCUUUAUGUUCGCAUUUAAUUUCCAGCUUAAUAUACACUGUUGUGUUGUAGAAGUAGGAAAACUAAUCAACUGUCUAUACUCUGAAGGGACUCAUUUAUUUAAGAAUGUUUGUUAUCAGUUGGAUUGCUGUUGGGACCAUUCAAAAGCAAAUACUGUAGCCUCAAAUUAUUGAUUGGAAUAUUGAAGAUACACUGUUGUCUUUUUCCACCAAUAUCUGUAACAUAUACAUCUCGAUAAUCCUCAAAAUUGGACAGCAGUAAUGAACCCAAGUAGUAUAUGGUUUCAGAAUGUAAGGAACUUUUAUAUUUUUGAUGGAUGGAUAGCAUGUUUGAUUUUAAACAAAGCAGUGUGUCUUUCUUUAUGAGGAAAAACUGUUUGAGUGCAUGUGUGCAUCCAACUACAUAGAAAUUCUAAACAAAUACUUGAGGUUUCUUUUAUUUCAUGUAACAUUUAAGGUUUACUUUUAUUUUGUGUCUUAACGUAUCCUAUCAACUUUCUUUUUAUACCUGUGUAUAUCUACUUUCACUUGGAAAACUUAGAGAGAAUUUUGACAUCAGUGGCAUGUUAGAUAGAUAGCUGUAAAAUGAAGAAAAAUGCAUAUAGCCUGCUGGUGACAGUGGAAUGCAAGUAGUUCCAUGAAAAAUAGAAAAUGGAGAAUCCUGAAAAGUAAUGUUUGUAUAAUUCACUUUUAUGUUUGCCUGAACGUUUUGGGCAAAAUAUUAUGUUUAUUUAAUAUAUUUGUAAGUCAGCAGUACUUAAAAUUCAGAUUCAUACUUUUCCAGAAACAUUUUAUGUCAGAAGCUUGUGAUUUUUAUAUAGAACUGUAAAAGUUUAAAAUAAAGGCUCUGAAUAAAACAAA